AUGGAAGCACGGCGCUUGCACGAGGCCGCUGCCAGAGAAGCUGCAAGAGAAGCCCUGUUGCGAGAAGCUGCCUUUCGGGAGGCACGAGCUGCCGAAGCCGCGAGUGCUCUGUCCGCAUCCUCUCAUCAUCAUCAUGAUCCGUCGUUGGCGGGUGGUUUGCCACCUUCCUAUCAUCAUCAUCAUCAUCAUCAUCUUUUAGGAGGAGGAGGUGGAGGUGGUGGAUUUUCCUCGUUGGACUAUGCGGCACUAGGUUAUCCCAGUUACUAUGGUUCCGCCGCACUUCCUUUGCAUUUGCGGGGUGGUCCAGGAGCAUCGGUCCGAACUGCUGCUGCUGCUGCUGCUGCAUCACGACCUCCAUUGUCGGCGGCAGCCCUGAGAGCCGAAGCCCUUGCCAGCCGAGAACAUGCCCUUCGAUCCAUUGCUCACGAGGAAGCCGUCUUGGCGGCGACGAGAGAACAAGCACGACGGAAUUUGGCGCAUGAGGAAGCCAUCAUUACGGCCUCGAGGGAACAUGCCAUUCGCAAUUUGGCCCACGAGGAGGCGAUAUUGGCAGCCACACGAGAACAAGCCCGUCGGAAUUUGGCGCACGAAGAGGCCUUGUUGGCGGCCACACGAGAACAGGCUCGUCGGAAUGGAUUAUCAUUAUCCCAAACAACAAACCACGCGUCUGGUGGUAGUAAUGGAACAGCUGCCGCUUCCGCAAUCACCUUGGACGCAACGAAUCCAACAAAUUUGCCUCGGAGUUGGGGAGUGGAGGCAAUGCCCUUGUCGUCCACUCGAGAAUUUUCUCGACGGGAGAUUGUGCACGACUGUGUGGAAGAGGAGGGGAUCUACAAGGGCAAAAAAUUGCGAAGUGGAAAGUUCUCGGACCAAGAAGAAGCCUAUGGAGACAUUCUCAUUGAAUUAUUUGAAAAGGGUCAGGUAGAUAUUGAAAGGGGAGUGUCACUUCGUACUUUUUUGGCGAAAGCAUUGCAUUGCUCUCCCAUGAGAGUCACGAAAAAGAUUGCCGGGAAAGGCAAUGAAGCCAGAAAAAAUUAUCUGGGAAGGAAAAACCUUCCCGUGUUGGGCAAUGAAUUUCGACAUUUGAAUGCAAGGUUUCAAACAGCGAGGGACAAUUUUCUGCAAGUUUUGAAGGAAGAAUGGGAAAUGGAGGAUUCUGAAAACAAGGAUUCAUCGGAGGAUGACGAGGAAAGUAUCAAUGCAAAUCAACCAUUGGAAGGAAUACAGGACAAGGCCUGGAAUAAACGAGUAGGACAGCUUGCUGAUUUCUAUCGGGAAUAUGGGGUCGCCAACUUGCCCAUCCAAAAGAAAUACAGGGAAUUGCGGGAUUUUGUCAGCCAGGUACGGAUCCAAUAUCGAAAGAAGCAACUUUCCAAGGAACGCAUUGCGCAAUUGGACGACCUUGGAUUCAUUUGGUCCUUUCGGAGGUUUGUACCGUGGGGAACCCGACUGGAGGAACUACGAGCCUUUCGAGAGCGCCACGGUCAUUCGAGAGUACCAUUCCGGUACAAGGAAAAUCCAUCCUUUGGACUCUGGGCCGCCAAUAUGCGAGCCAGGUACUCCAGAUAUGUAAAGGGGAAGGAUUCCACGGUGGCUCCGAUUGCUCCAGAACAAAUCGAAGCUCUCAAUGAAAUUGGGUUUGUGUGGGAAUUGAGCAAUUCCGUGGGAAGAAGCCCCAAUUAUCAACAGUUGCAGCAACAACAACAAUUGCAACAAAAAUUGCAACAACAAUUGCAACCACCACCACCACCAACACCAACACCACAUGAGAUUUUGUCUACCGCCCAACAGCAAACUCAGUUUUUCAUGGGGAAAGUCGCCCUGAACAAGGCUGUGAGAUUGAAUUCUUCCUAUUGGGACGGACUGUAUUCAAAAGUGGAGGCUAAUUUAUUAGCACUCGAUCGAUUGUACAAACAAGAAGAAGCUGCAGCGAUCCUUGCAGGAGAGGAUGUGGCCUACGUAGUUAAUCCUGACAGAGCAGAGGCUCCAACAAGCAGCAGCCAACAUGACGAUGACGAUGACGAUUCUUCGUCAUCCGAUGGUGAUACUCAGGAAGAAGCUGACGACGAGAACAGUUCAACAGAAGAAGACGAAGAUGCUUCCAUGGGCGAUUGGAGCGACGGGGAAAUAUUGGAUGACGAUGAAUACCGGAAAGUGGAGGCUAGUCUGAGAGCACUCGAUCAAUGGUACAAAGAAGAAGCGGAACUCGAAGCGACAGGAAAACUUGCAGCGGCAGGAGGAGGGAGGGAGAGAGAGAAAAGUCCAGAACCAGAACCAGAACAGCAAGAGAAUGCCUCUAUUUUUGACGAUGCCGAGGACGAGAUAUACGCCGAUGCAGAGGAGGAGGAGGAAAAAGUUCCGGCCAAGGCAAGAGUCGAUGAUUCAUCUGACGAGGGGAAAUGGUUAUAA